UAUCUCAUUCCCAUUCAGGCAGAGAUAUCAGCUGUUCCUCCGUCCUCUCUCCAGCCCGGUGCUGUUAUAUCUCAGUAUUUAGACACUUUCAGGGUUUUUUUUUGCACUCUAUGGAUCUACAUCGCUGGCAUCGGUCCUUCUUUUCCAGCUGACUAUCACACACUUUCACUGAUGCUGCCGUUGUUGCAGCCUGCGGUUCGUGACGGCUUUAACACCAGCUCGGAGACAGGACUAGAUCCCGUCUGCAGAGCCUGGAUGAAGUUUCCCAGCCAUGCAAUGUUCUUGGAAGGCUGUGAUACUGCUAGCCUUGGCCUCCAUUGCCAUCCAGUACACGGCCAUCCGGACCUUCACAUCCAAGUCUUUCCAGCUCUGCCACGUGCCAAUCCAACAGAACUGCAGCCUGAGUGGCCAGGAAACAGACAGCCUUUUCGAGCGUGGAUGCGACGAAUAUACUUACUUUAGUUUCAACACAUCACGAAAGACCCACGUCCUGGUGUUAGCGACAACCCGCAGUGGAUCAUCAUUCGUGGGGCAGCUGCUGAAUCAGCACUCAGAUAUCUUCUACCUGUUCGAGCCGCUUUACCAUGUCCAGACAGCUCUGAUUCCUCGUCUCUCCCACAGCCGGAAUGCGGCCGACAGGCGAGUGAUGCUGGGAGCCAGCCGGGACUUGCUGCGAAGCCUCUAUGGAUGUGACUUGCACUUUCUGGAGAACUACAUCAAGCCACCACCAACCAACCACACCACGGACAAGCUGUUCCGUCGCGGGGCCAGCCGAGCGCUCUGCUCUCAGCCCGUCUGUGACGCCUUCAGUCCUGGUGACACAAAUGUUGAGGAGGGUGACUGUGUGAAAAAGUGUGCGACUCUAAACAUGACACUUGCCGCCGAGUCUUGCCGGGAUAAGCGCCAUGUUGCCAUAAAGAUCGUUCGUGUACCUGAAAUAGGGGAUUUGCGGGCACUUGUGGAGGAUCCACGGCUCAACCUGAAGGUCGUUCAGCUGGUCAGAGACCCAAGAGGAAUCCUCGCCUCUCGUAUCGAGACCUUUCGGGACACGUACCGUCUGUGGAGGAUCUGGAGGGCAACCGGAAGGAAACCCUACAACCUAGAUUUGACUCAGUUAACAGUAGUGUGUGAGGACUUCUUGAGCUCAGUUUCUACAGGACUCAGCCACCCUUAUUGGCUAAAGGGGAAAUACAUGUUGGUGCGAUAUGAGGACUUAGCAAGGAACCCUCUCCAGAAAACCAAGGAUAUCUAUGACUACCUUGGGUUAUCAAUGGACAAAAAUGUCGUGGACUGGAUUCAGGCAAACACCAGGGGGAGCAAUGAGCUCUUGACCAAACACAAGUAUGGAACAGUGAGAGAUUCGGCAGCUAACGCUGAGAGCUGGAGACUCAAACUGUCCUUUGACAUGGUAGACUACACACAAUCUGUGUGCCAAAAGAUAUUGCACAGGCUGGGCUAUAAAAGUGUCAAGUCUGCCGAGGAACUGAAAAAUAUGUCCAUCUCGCUUGUGGCGGACAAAGUUUUUGUACCUUUUUUAUAAUAGAGAGUUGUGAAUGACUAUUUUUGAUAUAUUUAUAAAUGUUGCCUUAUGAUUUGUGUUAAGGCUAUAGUGUCCGUCAUCACAUGUUCAAAAUUGCACUAAAAUUGUAUACAUCGAUUUUUUUUCCAUCUAUAAACAGUAGCACACAAAAUAAUGCAGAGUGCAAGUCUACUGAUGCAUACGAAUGAAGUUCUCUUCACUGAAAUCAUCAAAAACAACAACAAAAAAAAAGUGACAUUGCUCGUCCUUUUAUGCCUGGCUAUUGCUUUAAGUGAAUGUCGCCAUAUAUUCACAGUCAUUCUCGUCAUAUUUUUCUCAUCGAUCCCCUGAAAAGAAUGAUGAUGACUCAAUGUGGCAGAGAUGACACACUGUAUGUACAAUAAAUUAUGAAUGUUGCAGUUCACCUUUAA